AUGAACCAUUUUAGUAAUGUAGAACGUCUUCAAAUAAUAAUGGAACGAGAAAGAGAUGGAAAGAAAUUAGAAACAAUUGCACGACAACAUAAGUGUACACCAGCUGCAAUUUGUAAAAUAUUAUCUCAUUACAAUCAAACAGGAGAGGUCAAUGGUGGUAAAUCGACCGGUCGUUCUACAUGUCUUAAUAAUGAAGAAAUGAAAAAACUCGAUGAAUUAAUUAGAAAAAAACCUACAGCAACUGCUAUUGUUCUUGCAAGCGAUAUUUUACAAGUCAUGCAUAAACGUGUUAGUGUUCGCACUGUUCAAAAAUAUCGUCGUGAUUUAGGAUAUCGUCCAUAUCAGCAAGUAGUUAAAAAAGUCACUUACAUAGGGCAUACCAAAAGUUUCGAGAGUUGUAUUUUAGAACAGCAUAGUAAACUUGAAAAAUUCUUUCUCUACACAGUGUGA